AUGGCCAGCCAGCACAAGCUCGUUGUUGACCAACAGCUACUACACCUAUACUACCAAAACUUCCACCCAGCACAUCCCAUUCUCAUACCGCUCUCUGCCCUGCAAGGUUCGCUGGCAGAGUACAUACCACCACAACUUCUCACAGUGAUGCGCUAUAUCGGAGCCCACUACCACCGCGACGAGUCCAUACGCCAAACCCUCAAGGCGAGUGCACUCGAAACCACCUCUUUCACAUCCCCAGACGCUGCCACGGAUGGGUUCUGGGUGCAGUGUAUGCUCCUGCUUGCCAUUUCCGAGCAUGCUCACGACGGCGAGAGCAAGACAUUCAUCGAGCCGGCAGUCAGCCGCUCGCUCGAGCUGGGUAUGCACGACUCGUCGUUUGCCAAAGGGCAUGGGUUUGACUCACCGUUUCUGGAGGAGAUGUGGCGUCGUACAUACUGGGAGCUGUAUGUUGUGGAUGUGCUGCUCAGUGCGCCGCGCCAGCAGGAGUCGUUGCUCUAUCUCAUGGAAUCGGAUGUGAGUCUGCCGUGUGACGAGGUUUUGUACAACGAGGCUGAGUCAACCAUUCCGCAAGGCUGCCUGCUCAAAGACCUGACCGAGGACUCAUCUCGAGGCCCGCAAGACGUCAAGUUCUCCUCCUUUGCAUACCGCAUCAAUGCCACCCGACUUUUAGGACAGGUAUUGUCUCUGCCUGGAGCAGUGACAGACAAUAUCUUCAAAGACACGGACAACGCCUUGUCCGAAUGGCAGCGUCAAUUCCCAUUCCGCGCGGACGAUUUUCAAGCAGACUCGACGCAUUUUGGCGAGAUGAUUUUCCAGGCUCAGAUGAUCGUCCACUCAGCAGUGAUAUACCUCCACCAACCCCUUUCCAACCUCCCACGACUCUGGGCCAAGGGGCAGGACAGCAGCACCAGCCAGCCAUCGAUAACCAGCCGCUUCUUCUUCCCGCCGUCAUCAUCAUCAUCAACAACGACAUCAUCAAAUAAUAAAACCGAUAUAUUCAAUCCGCACACCACCAGAAUCAUGCAGGAAGCCGACUCGCUCACCAAACUGCUCACGCAAACACACUCUGCAGUCGAACGGCACAGCCCAUUUUUGAUCCACGGCGUGGUCGUGGGGUCUUUGGUGUAUGUAGCGGCAUACGUGCAAUCGCCCGGCGAAAAUGACUUGUCCAAGCAGCGCAUGUCGCUGGCGGUCGGGGUGUUGAAGAAGCUCGGGGUUACGUGGCCGUUGGCCGGCACGGUGAAGAAGGAGCUGAGCCAGAUCUAUCGGGAUGCUGUCAGUGAUUCUGGGUAG